AUGGGGAAGGCGGAGAAGUACGAAAUGUACUCAGUGGAGAUGGAGAAAUACGAUGGGGAAAUGGAUGUAAAGAUUAAGAAGAAGAAAAACAAAGGGUUGAAGAAAAAAGAGAAGUUGGAGAAUAUGAAGAAAGAGAUGGAUGUGGAUGAUCAUCAGCUGUCUAUAGAAGAGUUGGAGAUGAAAUAUAGGACCAACAUCAACAAGGGUCUGACCAGCACAGUGGCCGGAGAGAUUCUCCUUCGUGAUGGCCCCAAUGAAUUGAAACCCCCCAAAGGCACUCCGGAGUAUGUGAAGUUUGCGCGUCAGCUGGCUGGGGGGCUGCAGUGCCUGAUGUGGGUGGCAGCUGCCAUCUGUCUCAUUGCCUUUGGCAUCCAGUGCAGCCAAGGUGAUCUGACCAGCGCAGAUGAUUUAUACUUGGCCGUUGCUCUUAUCGCUGUCGUGGUUGUGACUGGCUGCUUUGGUUACUAUCAAGAGUUUAAAAGUACAAACAUCAUUGCAAGUUUCAAGAAUCUCGUGCCGCAGCAAGCCACGGUGAUUCGGGAUGGUGACAAGUUCCAGAUCAAUGCUAAUCAACUGGUAGUGGGUGACUUGGUGGAGAUCAAAGGGGGAGACCGAGUCCCAGCGGACAUCAGAAUCAUCACUGGUCAAGGAUGCAAGGUGGAUAAUUCCUCUUUGACAGGGGAAUCCGAACCUCAAAACCGUACCCCAGAAUGCACCCAUGAGAGCCCCUUAGAAACAAGAAACAUUGCCUUCUUCUCAACCAUGUGCUUAGAAGGAACUGCCACUGGCGUUAUCAUUAACACCGGGGACCGCACCAUCAUUGGGCGCAUCGCCAGCCUGGCUUCAGGAGUGGAGAAUGAGAAGACACCCAUUGCUAUUGAGAUCGAGCAUUUUGUGGACAUCAUAGCUGGCUUGGCCAUUUUCUUUGGUGCCACCUUCUUUGUUGUUGCCAUGGUGAUCGGCUACCCCUUCCUCAGGGCCAUGGUCUUUUUCAUGGCAAUUGUGGUGGCUUAUGUCCCUGAGGGUCUUCUAGCAACAGUCACGGUCUGUCUGUCUCUCACAGCCAAGCGACUGGCCAGGAAGAACUGCGUGGUCAAGAAUCUGGAAGCUGUCGAAACGCUGGGCUCCACAUCCGUCAUCUGCUCGGAUAAAACCGGGACGCUCACCCAGAACCGAAUGACGGUCUCACAUCUUUGGUUCGACAACCAAAUCCACACUGCGGACACUACAGAAGACCAGUCAGGGCAAAGUUUUGAUCAGUCCUCGGAGACCUGGAGAGCUCUAUGUAAAGUGGUGAGCCUUUGCAACCGGGCUUCUUUCAAAUCAGGACAGGACAACGUACCUGUGCCACGGCGUAUUGUAAUUGGAGAUGCCUCGGAGACAGCCCUGCUGAAAUUCUCUGAAAUCACCCUCGGCAAUGUCAUGGAGUACCGGGAGCGCUACAAAAAAGUCUGCGAGAUUCCCUUCAACUCCACCAACAAAUUCCAGCUGUCUAUCCAUGAGCUUGAAGAUCCCAGAGACCAGCGCCACCUGCUGGUGAUGAAAGGUGCUCCUGAGAGGAUCCUGGAACGCUGCUCCACCAUCAUGAUUAAGGGCCAGGAGUUGGCCCUCGACGAGCAAUGGAGAGAAGCUUUCCAAACAGCUUAUAUGGACCUUGGUGGACUGGGCGAGCGUGUGCUGGGUUUCUGUCAUCUCUAUCUUCCCCAGAAUGAGUUCCCGCGUGGCUAUCACUUUGACAGUGAGGAAACAAACUUCCCCACUAGUGGGCUAUGCUUUGCAGGCCUUAUCUCUAUGAUUGAUCCACCUAGAGCCACUGUGCCCGAUGCCGUCAUGAAAUGCCGUACUGCAGGCAUCCGGGUGAUCAUGGUAACCGGAGACCAUCCAAUCACUGCCAAAGCCAUCGCUGCCAGUGUUGGCAUCAUUUCAGAGGGCAGUGAAACUGUUGAAGAUAUAGCCACCCGCCUCCGCAUCCCCGUGGAGCAAGUUAACAAGCGGGAUGCCCGGGCAUGUGUAAUCAAUGGAGGUCAAUUGAAAGAUAUGGAAAGUGAAGAGUUGGUUGAGAUCCUCAAGAUGCAUCCAGAGAUGGUCUUUGCACGUACCUCUCCGCAGCAGAAGCUCAUCAUUGUAGAAAGCUGUCAGAAACUGGGUGCAAUUGUGGCUGUUACAGGAGACGGGGUGAAUGACUCCCCGGCGCUGAAGAAAGCCGAUAUCGGAGUUGCGAUGGGCAUUGCUGGAUCCGAUGCAGCCAAGAAUGCUGCUGACAUGAUCUUGUUGGAUGACAAUUUUGCCUCCAUUGUCACUGGCGUUGAGCAAGGGCGCCUGAUCUUUGACAAUCUCAAGAAAUCCAUUGCUUAUACCUUGACCAAGAACAUCCCCGAGCUGACCCCCUACUUGAUCUACAUCACCGUCAGUGUCCCUCUUCCUCUUGGCUGCAUCACCAUCCUCUUCAUCGAGUUGUGUACAGACAUUUUCCCCUCGGUUUCGCUGGCCUAUGAAAAGGCUGAGAGUGAUAUCAUGCAUCUGAAACCCCGAAAUCCUCGACGGGACCGCCUUGUCAAUGAAGCACUAGCUGUCUAUUCCUAUUUCCAGAUUGGAGCCCUCCAGUCCUGUGCUGGCUUUGUUGAUUACUUCACCGCCAUGGCACAAGAGGGUUGGUUCCCACUGAAGUGCGUAGGGCUCCGAGCCACCUGGGAGAACGAUCAUAUCCAGGAUCUUCAAGACAGCUAUGGCCAAGAGUGGACAUUUGGACAACGUCUUUACCAACAGUACACCUGCUAUACUGUCUUCUUCAUCAGCAUUGAGAUGUGCCAGAUUGCAGAUGUGCUUAUCCGCAAGACACGACGACUUUCUGUCUUCCAGCAAGGAUUCUUCAGAAAUAAGAUCUUGGUGAUCGCUAUUGUGUUCCAGGUCUGUAUAGGCUGCUUCCUCUGUUAUUGCCCUGGGAUGCCCAAUAUCUUCAAUUUUAUGCCCAUACGAUUCCAGUGGUGGUUAGUGCCUCUACCGUUUGGCUUUCUCAUCUUUGUGUAUGACGAAAUCCGAAAACUGGGAGUCCGGAGACACCCUGGAAGUUGGUGGGACAAAGAACUUUACUAUUAAAGAUGAAACUCUGAGCACAAAUACGUCCCCACUGGCAUGGUUUGUGCUGCCUGGGAUGCUCCCUGUGGGUGCAAAAUACUGCAGUACGAAGGAGCCUAGGAUUUGCUUUCUUCAUUAGCUACACCUUCAACUGAGCUUGCUGAAUUUCUUACCCUUCCUAUGAUGAAAUUCCAUAUUCCACACGUCCUGCUCUAGCUACUCUGGGACAAGAAUCUGCCCAUCAUCAAGAAAAAAAAAAUAUUUGGAGGUGCUGAUAUGCUAGGGGAAAUGGACAGUCCUUGAGAUGGAAACCAAAUAUAAACGUUGGUAGAGAUAUAAAGUGUUGUGGUUUUUUUUUUCCAAAAUAUAAUAGGUUUCAAAACCCCAAGCCUGCAAAUAAGGCAAUAUGAUAUCAAGGAAGAAUAAGCUGAGCAGGUUGAGUAAGUGGUUUGCCCUCUCCAUAGAAAAAGCAGAUUUUUAAAAAAAAAACAUAUAUAAGAUAUGCAAUGGCACAUUAGCUUCACUUUCAAUUUCUGCAUGAUUUGGACUUUUGGUCUCAUUGGAUUAGUAGUUCCCAAAGCAUAAAUCUUACACAGGAGAAGUUUCACAUAGUGGAUGAAAGGAGGCAAGCAACCUCCCUUCAAGGUAACCAGACAAUGAAGCUAUCUAAAC